UCCUGGUGAUGGGCGAGUAGCGGAGACGUAAAAGCGCAUACCUGCUCGUGCUUGGUACGUAAUACGUACUAACACGGGGUUUGGGCUCGAGGCAUUUCGAGACCAACCUUGAUAUACUCACUGACUCUGCCAGACUCCCACCAUGGCGAACACUUUACUGUCGCAGAUACAAGCCCUUGGAGUCAUCCUGGACAUUGAUUCAAUGGAUCCCAGGGCAGCCGAAUCCUUGUCUGUCUCGACAACAUUCCAUUCCAUGACAUCUAACCAGGCAAUUGUGAAUGGCCAGUUGCGACUGCAAUGGGACGCGAACUUGGAACCCAUUGUCUCGCAGUAUGUUCAGGACGCUGCAAUCGACAUAUCAACAGAGACCGGCAUAUUGAAGGUGCUCAAUCUCGUGACUGUCCUUCUGGCUAGCAAGAUCAUUCCAUAUUUGGACAAGACGGGUAGGGUUCUUGCCCAGACAUCACCCCGUACAGCAUACAGCAAAGAUGCCACUGUUGCACACGCAAGGGCUCUUAUCAGUGUCUUUGGCAAACACGGCAUAUCUAAAGACCGAGUCUGUAUCAAAAUACCAACCACACCCCAAAGCAUCCUUGCCUGCAAAGAGCUGCAGGAAAGCGGCAUAUGUACACUCGGGACUUGCUUGUUCUCUGUCCCGCAAGCCAUAGCAGCAUCGCAAGCGGGAUGCCUCUCUAUUUCACCUUACUUCAAUGAAUUACGAGUACACUUUCCUGAAGGUGCUUCCUCAUACAUUGAUCACAAGGACCCUGUUCGGCAGCAUCCUAUGUCACCGAUUAUAUACUCGAUAAUACAAGCCUUCAAGGAAAAGCAAACAAGCACGACUGUAGUGCCAGCGAGUAUCCUUACGUUAGACGAAGCUGUUGCUCUAGCAAGACUCCGUCCACAUCACUUGACCAUAUCUGACAGGGUGCUCACUCUGCUCGCUGCUGCUCCUGCAAAACCAGAUGAGGACUUGGCUGCUGUUACAAUGGAAGUGGCUGGAGAAAAGUCUGUGUUGGACGCUGAUUAUAUAGCCAACAACGCAGCUGCCUUGGAGGUCGCAAUUUCAAGGGAUACAGAAACCUCCCGGAAAAUCAAAGAAGCUCUUGAGAUUUUUGGACGGCAAGAGGAGGAAUCGAUCCAGUUCUUGCGGAAGGUGUUGUCGACUCCGAAAGCCUGACCUCACAACUGAAAAGUCAAUCGGAUUGUCCAUUUCCACACACUUCGUAGAGGGUACAAUAAAGCUUGCCUUGCUGAAUACAAAGCAUUUCGUAGGUAGAUAUAUUUGAAGUGACAUGAUGAUUCUAGAAUCUACAUACAAGAAGGUCUUCUUGCUCUUACUUUCAUCAACAUCGUGAUGUCAACACUCCGACGAGGUGUCUUUCUCUGUCACAAUUUAUACAACCUCACCCGGGCCGGACCAGUGCCCACUCGUCUCUCAAGCUUCCAGUUUCAACUGCUUCCACCAACCAUCCAGCGAGCUUCCCACAGCACUGGAUAGACUGGAACCGAUCGUCACAUCCAUCCAU